AUGUCUUCCAGCGAAUCCAUAUACCUCUCCUCUGAAGACACUCUCGUCGAACGACCUUACGAAGAAACACCUUCCACGGAACCCUCUAUUCCCUCGACCCCCAAGAUGUCUAUAGUAGAAGAACGAUCCGUACCAUGGGACACAGAUGAAGAACAAGUAGCGCAGGAAGCAGAAGAAGGAUUCAGCGAGUAUCUGGAGGUACUGGACGAGGACAAACGACGACAAGACGAGAUGAUCAGACAACUCACAGAGGACUUUGACAGACCCUCACCUUCCCGCUCUCCCUCUCCACCACCCCUUAUCCGCACACAGAGCGAGGGGAUCAUAUUCCCCGAUAGAGAGACAUACCUGACGACUUUUAUUGCUUACAUUAUGGGACUCAUCGAAGGAACACCAAACACUGAGUUUGUGUCAGGGCCCACACGACCAGAGAUACAAAGGGCAUUAGAGAUUUUGGAAGAGGAAAGGAGCUUUGUCCAACAUGCACAAAGGGCUCUGCAGAUUCGGGAAGGAAUACUCAUUGCCCGUAUCAAUGCGGGCGAGAGAAGACUUAUGGGUUUGAAUCAAACUCCACACCUCCAAGACUCUUUUCAUCCCGCUGAUGACAUCACCCCCCUGUGGUAUCUUGUGCCUCGUCUUCGGCCUCAAAUGGAGCACCGCUUCGCCCAAUGCCGGGGGCUUAUCCCAUGGAAUGCAGCAGGGGAAGAGAUAUUUAUAGAUUCGCGCAGAUUUCACCCUGCUACCACGUCAUACCCGCGCGACUGGGAUAUGACUCCAGCGAGUCCGACACCCAGCCCAUCGUCCUCCGCCCUCGAGGUGCUUGAAGAACGAGAUGAUGACGUCUGGUACGACGUAAAACUGCUGGGGCAAACGACGGUUCGAAUCCAUUGGGCCGGUACCCACUGCCAUAAUGAGACGAGGGACUCGGUUUCAGAACGCAGUUCCCGCAUGGUUGGUAACAAGAUACUGCAGCGCAGGGUGGAAGCCUUAGGCUAUCCACUUCUAUCCAAUCUAAGGACUGCUGUUCAUACAGUCUCCUCUGAUUCCAAGGCAUUAGUCUGA